AUGCAGGUAUUUAGUAACGCCUCAUUACUACUCAAUCUAAUUGGGUUGUCACUAGUCAACCAAAAAUGCAUCCAAACACUGACGGACAUUGUAGCCGCCACAUCUCUGGAACGCCAGGUGAAUACGAUACUCUACACGAGCUACGAAAAUAUAUCCACUUUCGAGUCAAAUGACGAACUAAAGUCCUCACAUCUAAUACGCGCACUUGCCAUUGGACUGCCACAACCUUUGCUGCAUUUCGACUACUCAGCGCCCGUCGAACCUUAUAGAAAACAAUUCAACACCGAGUUGCUAACCAUCGCUAGACUUGGACAGCAGUUUGAUCCGGCCCAAAAACUACUCACUACGUUGUGGCAACGUCUUUGGCACAACACACAAAGCCGUCUCAUUCUACUUUUUGCUGAUUCGGCUAAGGCUACAUAUGUUACCGGUAUCUUGAAGAUGUGUGCCAGAAAUCGUGCCAUGAAUGUGAUUGCCUUGCAGCCCCGUAUGGCGGUUGAAGAACGAAAGUUUUGGACACUGCGCAUAUUUCCCACAACCAAGGUACUGAAGUCCACAUUUCCAGAGAAUUACAAAGAUAUAUUUCCUAAACAUCUGGAAAAUAUGUAUGGCCGUCCAAUACGUACCUUCGCAACAGAACCCUACUAUCCAGAGUUCUACAACUACACAAUUAAGGAUGGAUCCACAAUACUCAGCGGCUACUACGGCAGAGCUUUAACUGAGUAUGCAUAUCUUCUUAACUCGACAAUUGAACAAAAACCCCCGUCAGUUGAUCUCAUCUUUGCAGAUCCGAUUGAAUCAGUCAGGAGAAAUACUUACAUUGACAUUGGACAAUUGGCACCCAUUCAUUCAGUCGAAUACAAUAUAAGUGUGACGGACGUGUUCUCGUACCUCGAUUGCUGUCUAAUGGUGCCACUUGAAGCUCCAUUCCCAAAGUCAACCUUCUAUUAUAAGAUAAUGCAUAAAUCGUUUGUAUUCUUGUUCGGCAUUAGUGUGGCAUUGAUUUCAAUCGUUUGGCGCUGCACAGCUCGCAGUCAAAGCCAGCAGCGACAAGAAGAACAAAUAUUCGAGUAUUUCUUCAACUUUUCGGUGCUUCAAGGUCUAUUGGGAAUGCCUUUUUGGACUAACCGCAAUAUUUCAGUUUUACACAAAAACAUCUGUGUAUUCAUCUGGUUUACGGGCAUCCUUAUAGGCACCACCUACAACGCUUUUUUGCAGAGUUAUAGUGUAGAUGCACCGAUUGGCGCGCAAGUAAAGACCAUUGAUGAUAUACUUAAUCGUGGCGUCAAAGUCGCAGUGUAUACUUUUGAGAAAACACUUAUGGAAAGUAUGCCAGAAUACAGUAAAUACCUUAAAAACCUAACCGAGUUCAGUAAUCUUACUGAAUAUCAAUUGCUGCGAAACACCUUUGACAUUCGCUAUGCAUUCAUGGUUUACAAAAUGUGGGGCAUUUAUGAUGAGCAACAGAAAUAUUUCUCACGCCCUUUGUUUCGUCUGACAGAUAUCUGUUUAUUUAAAAAUUUACCAAUGGUGUUUCCUCUUCAGGAAAACUCUGAGCAUGAGGAGCGUUUGAAUGAUUUUCGAGUGAGACUUCAAGAAGCUGGGCUAAUCGAAUUUUGGUUGCGUCAUCGCAUUUAUGUGGAGAUGUUGGAGAUGGAUCUAAUUCACAUAGAAGAUUGGAAUAAAAAGCCGCCUUUCGAGCCGAUGACUUUAGAGGACUUACACAUUGUACUAGCA